GGAGGCGCCUCGCAGUAGUUUGCGGACAAGCGAACGAGUAACAGGGAGGAGUCCAUCAUGGAUUUCCUGACGGCGUUCUUGGCCGUCCUUCUAGGACUCCUAGGAGUGUAUUACUUCGCCUUCCGCUCUCUGAACCAUUUUAAGAAACUAGGGAUUCCCUAUGUUCCCACCCUCCCACUCGUGGGGAACAUGGGGCCCUUCUUGUUCAGGCUGAAGCCGAUCGCAUCGGUCAUCCAAGACGCCUACGAUCUCUUCCCAGACGCGAAGUACGUCGGUUUCUACGACGUGGGGAACCCGGUGAUCAUCAUCCGAGAUCCCGAGCUGAUCAAGACCAUCGCCGUGAAGAACUUCGACGAUUUCCCGAACCAUCGCGCCUUCCUGGACCCGGAAUUGGACCCCCUGUUCGCGAACAACCUGUUCUCCCUGAGGGACGACACCUGGAGGCAGAUGAGGACACUGUUGAGUCCGGCGUUCACCUCCAGCAAGAUGAAACUGAUGUUCAAGCUGAUGUCGAAGUGUGCCGGGAAUUUCGCGGACCAUGUCGCAGCCGGGAGAGUCGGGGAUAAGAACGUGGUGGAGACGAAGCUGGCGUUCACCAGGUACACGAACGAUGUAAUCGCCACCUGCGCCUUCGGCAUCGAGGUCGACUCCAUGAAGAAUCCGAAGAACGAGUUUUACGUCCUGGGAAGAAGGGCGACCAAUUUUGACGGCAUACUGUCCUUGAAGAUGUUCAUGUCGAGGAGCUUCCCGGGCAUCAGCAAGGUCUUCGGCAUCAAGGUGGUGGAGGACCGGGUGGCCAGGUUCUUCAACGACAUCGUCGCGGCCACCGUUGCUACGAGGGAAGAGAAGGGGUUAACGAGGCCGGACAUGAUCCAGCUGAUGAUGGAAGCUCGGGGGAAGGACGGGAUGCCAACCCUGGACAUCGAGGCGAUGACCUCCCAGGCCUUCGUCUUCUUCUUCGGGGGCUUCGACACCUCCUCGUCGCACAUGUGCUUCGCCGCUCAUGAGAUCGCGGUUAAUCCCGAUGUUCAUGAUCGAUUGCAGGCAGAGGUCGACUCCGUGCUCCAGGAGACAGGUGGGAAUCCUACAUACGAGGCCAUCAACGCCAUGGAAUAUCUUGGGGCGGUCUUGAACGAGGCCCUGAGGAUGUACCCCAUAGGCCCUUUCGCGGACAGGUUGUCUGCCAGGAGCUUCGAGCUGCCUCCUGCACUGCCUGGUCUGAAGCCCAUCACGAUAGAGCCCGGGACCAAUGUUUGGUUCCCGAUUUUUCCCAUCCAUCGGGACCCCCUGUACUAUCCGAAUCCUGAUAAAUUUGAUCCCGAAAGGUUCCUCGGCGAGGACAAGAUCAACACCAGCAACAGCGCCACGUUCCUGACCUUCGGCCUGGGGCCCAGGAUAUGCAUCGGGAAUAGGUUUGCUAUAUUAGAAACGAAGGUCGUGCUUUUCCACCUGCUGGCCAGGUGCAACCUGAAGCCCUGCUCCAAGACCACCUACCCCAUGGUCUUCAGCAAGAAGUCCUUCGCCAUGUUGCCGAAGAAUGGCUUCUGGCUCAAGUUCGAGCCCAGGGAGAAGACGUAUCUAAGUCCUGCAAGCGAUUGACGUCACCUAGAUUUGUAAUUCCGGCUAGAUCGGUAUUGCGCGACAUGUAUCAACUUUCAAUCAUUCAUUGAACAUGCAAAACGUCUACGUGACACUUAGAAACGUUUCCGCCUCGUUUCCCAUUGCCAAUGUCGCAGGCAACGAGAUCGGUUACGGACUCGCAUGUGUGAAGUUUAUGAUAUAAGAGGUACAUAGUACGUAUACACAUACAUUUGUAUGCAGCAUGCGUAGGACUCCCUAUCAGCGUGAUGAGAUUACACUCACUGCGUCAUCGAGUGCAGAUGUACAAUCAUUUCAAACGCAUCUGAAGCCUCUUUCCUGGAAACAGUUCAACAUACUCGUAAAUGUAAAAAUUGAUAAAGUUGAACAACCGCUAUCAGAUGCAAUGCAAUAAAAGUAUGUAAUCAAA